AUGACAAGCAUUUCAUUAGACACUGUCCGACCUGCUGGGACAAAUCCAGAUCUGGCUGAGACCCAGCAGAGUGAAGAGCAGCCUGCAACUAAACACAUUCAAGGAUGGGCCCUCGCAUCUUUGACUAUAGCUUUCAUGUCCAUCUGCUUUGUGUUGGCAAUCGACAAUACCAUUCUUGCGACCGCGAUACCCCAGAUCACCAGCGACUUCCAAAGCCUUAAUGACAUCGGCUGGUAUGGCUCUUCCUACUUGAUCGCGCAGAUGGCGCUACUUCCUACUUGCGGCCGUCUCUACGCAUUCUUCAACAUAAAGUGGGUGUAUUGCCUCUCGCUGGCUAUCUUUGAGAUCGGCUCCGUCAUCUCGGCAGUCGCCCCGAAUUCUAUGGCGCUUAUUAUAGGGAGAUCAGUCUCUGGCCUCGGUGCUGCUGGCCUGGCGAUGAUAUCGCCCAUGGUCUUGGGCGUGUACAACAUUGGGUCGGCCAUCGGACCACUGUUGGGUGGUUCGAUAACCGAUAACAAGGCGCUUAGCUGGAGGUUCAUAUUCUGGAUCAAUCUCCCUUUUGGAUCUGUUGGGCUGGUUCUUGUCUGGUUCACCUUGAAGAAACCUCCACCCGCAGUAAAAGGUGGAAUACCAUGGAUUCAGAAGCUACAUCAACUUGACUUUCCUGGGGCUAUUCUGUUACUCGGUGCAACUUCGUGUCUAAACUUGGCAUUACAAUGGGGCGGUGUAGUCUAUCCAUGGUCCAAUGCGAAGGUUUUCGGGUGCCUGAUCGGAUUCGGUUUACUAUUGAUUACCUUCGUAUCAUUACAGUACCGAGACAAAGAAAGCUCAACUAUCCCGCUUCGUAUCUUCCGAAGUCGUACAGUAUCUGCAUCUUGCGGCUUCAUGAUGCUUGUCCAGGUUGCUAUAGUACUCCACUCGUACUAUUGGCCCAUAUACUUCCAGUCGGUCAGAAAUACCAGUGCUAGAGAUUCAGGGAUCAGCUUACUCCCAUUGAUCGUGUCAAACAGCCUCGGCACGCUCUGCGCUGGCACUAUGGUGUCGAGAUAUGGGCACUAUGUGCCAUUCAUGUGGACCGGACCCCUCAUCUUGGCUGCUGGAGGGGGUCUAUAUCAAAUGAUACGUGCCGAUAGUCCGCGUGGACACUGGAUAGGGUUCCAAAUCCUGUCCGGGCUUGGCUAUGGUAUCUGUAGCCAAAUGCCAAUCCUGGCUGUGCAAGUUGUCCUCAGCAAGUCAGAUAUACCAACAGGCCUUGUCAUGGUCAUGUUCUUCCAAAUGCUCGGAGGUGCCUUGGCUCCCAGUGUCGGGCAGAACCUCUUCACUGAUGCACUCCUGCGAAACCUCAGAAAGAUACAGGGAAUAGAUGGUACAGUCGUAGUAGCGGCUGGAGCAAGAGGAUUUAGGGAAAUCGUUCCCCCAGAACUUUUAAAUGCUGUCGUUGACUCAUUCAACUCAGCAUUGAGACAUGUUUUCUGGGUAGCCCUUGCCGCUCCAGCUCUUGCGUGGGUAUUAAGCUGGGUAAUGGAGUGGCGACAGCUAAAUAACUCUAAGAAGCAGGCCGUCCAAACCCCAACUUAA